AUGGCUAAUUCACGAAUAAUGGCUUCUUCUCAUGGAUGGAAUCCAAGCCCAAGAACUUCAUGGGGGCUUCGAAGUAAUAAGAGCCUAAUAAAAAAGAAAGAUAUAGAAGAACUAAAGAAAGAAGUGGACAUGGAUGACCACAAACUAACCUUGGAAGAGCUGAGUGCCAAGUACUCUGUGGACCUGACUCAGGGCCAUAGCCCAGAAAAGGCAAGAGAAAUCCUCCUUCGAGACGGACCCAAUACACUGACCCCACCCCCCAGCACUCCAGAGUGGUUCAAAUUCUUAAAACAACUGUUUGGUGGCUUCUCUCUCCUGCUGUGGACUGGUGCCAUUCUCUGCUUCUUGGCCGAUAUAGUCCAGUACCAUUUUAAGGAUGAACAGACCAGAGAUAAUCUGUACCUGGGCAUCGUACUAACUGCCGUGGUCAUCAUCACUGGCUGCUUCUCCUAUUAUCAGGAGGCCAAAAGCUCCAAGAUUAUGGAGUCCUUUAAGGACAUGUUGCCACAGCAAGCUAUGGUAGUUCGAGGAGGAGAACAGAUGCAAAUCCAUGUAAGAGAUGUGGUAGUGGGAGACAUAGUGGACGUGAAGGGUGGAGACCAAAUCCCUGCUGACCUCCGGCUUAUCUUAGCACAAGGGUGUAAGGUGGACAAUUCAUCCUUGACUGGGGAGUCCGAGCCCCAGAAUCGCUCUGCUGAUUUCACUCAUGAGAACCCGCUAGAGACCAAAAACAUCUGCUUCUUCUCCACCAACUGUGUGGAAGGAACAGCCCGGGGCAUUGUGAUUGCUACAGGAGAUGCCACAGUGAUGGGCCGAAUUGCUUCUCUGGCAUCAGGCCUGAAGACUGGAAAGACUCCCAUUGCGAUUGAGAUUGAACACUUCAUCCAGCUGAUCACAGGAGUAGCCGCCUUCCUUGGUGUCACUUUUUUCAUUCUCUCACUUUGCUUGGGCUACAACUGGCUGGAAGCAGUCAUUUUUCUAAUUGGCAUCAUCGUGGCUAAUGUGCCUGAGGGGCUUCUGGCCACUGUCACUGUAUCCUUGACCCUGACAGCCAAGCGUAUGGCACGGAAGAACUGCCUGGUGAAGAAUCUGGAGGCUGUAGAGACCCUGGGCUCCACAUCUACCAUCUGUUCAGACAAGACAGGCACUCUCACCCAGAACCGCAUGACAGUGGCCCACCUGUGGUUUGAUAAGAAGGUGUAUGAAGCUGACACCAGUGAACAUCAGUCUGGAAGCAAUUUUGACAAAGGCUCUGAUUCCUGGAUUAUCUUGGCUCAAAUCGCUGCCCUCUGCAACCGGGCUGACUUCAAACCUCGUCAGGAGAGCCUGCCCAUAGCUAAGAGGGCAACGACAGGGGAUGCUUCCGAGUCAGCGCUCCUCAAGUUCAUCGAACAGUCUUACUGCUCUGUGAAGGAAGUGAGAGCGAAAUACCCCAAGGUGGCAGAGAUUCCUUUUAAUUCUUCCAACAAGUACCAGCUGUCCAUCCACUUCCGAGAGGGCCAACCCGAGCCCUACGUGCUGAUGAUGAAGGGUGCUCCUGAGAGGAUCUUCGAUUUCUGCUCUACUUACCUGCUGGAUGGGCAAGAGUACCCAAUUGAUGAUGAAAUGAAGAAUGCCUUCGAAAAUGCCUACUUAGAACUGGGAGGUCUGGGGGAGCGUGUGCUGGGGUUCUGCUUCUUAAAUCUGCCUAGCAGCUUCCCUGAGGGAUUCCAAUUUGAUACCGUUGAAAUUAACUUUCCCAUGACAGAGCUGUGUUUCGUGGGCCUCAUAUCCAUGAUUGAUCCUCCUCGCACUGCUGUGCCGGAAGCUGUAGACAAGUGUCGCUGUGCGGGGAUUAAGGUGAUCAUGGUAACCGGAGAUCAUCCCAUUACAGCUAAAGCCAUUGCCAAGAAUGUGGGUAUCAUCUCAGAAGACAAUGAGACAGCAGAGGACAUUGCUGCCCGGCUUUAUAUUCCUGUCAGCCAGGUAGACACUAGGGAUAUUAAAGCCAUCGUGGUGCAUGGCUCAGAUCUGAAGAGAAUGAACUCAGAGCAACUGGACCACAUCCUCAAAAAUUAUAAAGAGAUUGUAUUUGCUCGUACUUCCCCUCAGCAGAAGCUCAUCAUUGUGGAAGGGUGUCAGAGGCAGGGAGCCAUUGUGGCCGUGACGGGUGAUGGGGUGAACGACUCCCCUGCCCUGAAGAAGGCGGACAUUGGCAUUGCCAUGGGCAUCUCUGGCUCUGACGUCUCUAAGCAGGCGGCUGACAUGAUCCUGCUGGAUGACAACUUUGCCUCCAUCGUCACGGGCGUGGAAGAGGGUCGUCUCAUCUUUGACAAUCUGAAGAAGUCCAUAGCGUACACCCUGACCAGCAAUAUCCCCGAGAUCACUCCCUUCCUGCUGUUCAUCAUCUUCAGCAUCCCCCUGCCCCUGGGGACCAUAAGCAUCCUCUGCAUUGACCUGGGCACUGACAUGGUCCCUGCCAUCUCUUUGGCUUAUGAGUCAGCUGAAAGUGACAUCAUGAAGAGGCGUCCACGAAACCCAAAGGUUGAUAACCUGGUAAACCACCGUCUCAUUGGCAUGGCCUAUGGACAGAUUGUUAUUUUUAAGACCUAUGAGCAGCGGAAGGUGGUGGAGUUCACGUGCCACACGGCCUUCUUUGUCAGCAUUGUGGUGGUGCAGUGGGCUGACCUCAUCAUCUGCAAGACUCGCCGCAACUCAGUCUUCCAGCAGGGCAUGAAAAACAAGGUUCUAAUUUUUGGGCUCCUGGAAGAGACAUUCCUGGCGGCUUUUCUGUCCUAUACCCCAGGCAUGAGCGUGGCUCUGCGGAUGUACCCACUCAAGUUAAACUGGUGGCUUUGUGCUGUGCCCUACAGCAUUAUUAUCUUCCUCUAUGAUGAAACCAGAAGAUUAAUCAUCCGUCUACAGCCUGGCGGCUGGCUAGAGAAGGAGACAUACUACUAA